AUGGGUUUCGUAUAUUUGAGUUUCGUCAGUCGUCGCGAAUAGCUGUCUUUUAAAUUAAUAUUUAUUUUAAUUUAGAAUUAUUUAAAAAUAUUAGUAUUUAAAAUGUGUUCGAAAUUGUUAAUAGCUGUAUGCCUAUUGGCGUACAUUAGUGUUGCCACCGCUGCCUCAGCCUCAUUUAUAAAAAAAUGCAAAUGGGAGGAUUCAACUUGCAUCAAAGAAUCGACGCAAGCGGCUAUUCCUGUCUUCGCUGCCGGCAUCCCAGAACUCGGAAUAGAGAAGUUGGAUCCUCUGCACUAUGACAAGCUGAAUGCCAGCUCCGAGACCUUAAUUCUGCUGCUUGAAGACAUAGUCAUCACUGGAGUCAAGGAUUGUCAAGCCAAGAAGAUCCAACGCGACGUUCCGAAAGAGAAGCUGAUAGUGAAAGCUCUGUGUACCGUGGAUCUAAAUGGCCAGUACGAGAUGAAUGGUAGACUGCUGUUCUUACCCAUCCAGGGCAAAGGCAAAGUGCACGCCGUACUUAGGAAAGUCAUGAUCAACGUGGAAGGUGACGUGGUCGAGAAGAAAGGCAAGGACGGCAAGGUUCACUGGGACAUCAAGAGCUGGAAACACACCUACGAGCUCAAGGACAAAGCCUCCAUCGAACUGGAAAACCUCUUCCAAGGAAACGAAGUUCUUGGUCGCGCCGCUCGUGAGCUAUUGGACUCGAGUGCCAACGAGGUCAUCGGCGAGGUCGGCCCUCCGAUCAUCAAGGCCCUCCUCACCAAAGUCAUCAAGGUCGUUGAUCGGUUCUUCCGCGAGGUUCCCGCCGAAGAACUCACCCUAGAUUAAAGUUCCUAUAAGCAUAAGUUAAGUUCCUUUACCUCAAUAAACAGUUAUGUUUCGUAAAA